UUUAGUUGGAAUGGAUUCUUAUUUUGAAAAAAUAAGUUUGGAAUUGAAUACAGAAUCAAAUAAUGUUCGCAUGGUUGGGAUAUGUGGAAUUGGCGGAAUAGGUAAGACAACCAUUGCCGGAUAUGUAUAUGAUCAAAUUUCUUGGGGAUUUGAAUGUAGUAGCUUCCUUGAAAAUGUUGGAGAGGUUUACAAAAAUAAAGGUCUACUUCAUUUACAAAAUCAACUUCUUAAUGAUAUCCUAGAUGGAAGAAAUCAAAAGAUAAGCAAUGUUCGACAAGGAGCCUAUGUGAUCCAAAAUAGUCUUCACUCUCAAAAGGCUCUUAUUGUUUUUGAUGAUGUUGAUCAUAUAGACCAAUUGGAAUUAUUGGAAUUUCUUGUUGGAAAUCAUACUUGGUAUGGUGAAGGAAGUAGAAUCAUCAUCACAACAAGAGAUAAACAUUUUUUAACUAAUCUUCAAGUGGAUUACGUAUAUGAAGUUGAAGGACUAAAUUUCAAAGAAGCUCUUAAGCUCUUUAGUCAAUAUGCCUUUCUUCCAAAUCUUUCAAAAGAGGGUUAUGAAAAACUCUUACAUCAUGUAACAUAUUAUUGCCAAGGUCUUCCAUUAGCUUUGAAAGUUUUGGGUUCUCUUUUACAUGGCAAGACAAUACGUGAAUGGGAAAGUGAAUUGCACAAAUUGAAAAAAGAACCAGAAGUGAAAAUUCAAAAUGUGCUUAAAAGAAGCUUUCGUGGAUUAGACCGUACACAAAAGAAGAUAUUUCUUGACAUUGCUUGUUUUUUUAAAGGGGAAGAUAAAGACCUUGCUUCAAAAAUAUUGGAUGGUUGUGAAUUGUUUGGUGAAAGAGGGAUAGGAGUUCUGCGGGAGAGAUGUCUUAUAACUAUUUCACGUAAUAGAAUAUAUAUGCAUGAUUUGAUACAACAAAUGGGUUGGGAAAUUAUCCGUGAACAGCAUCGUGAAGACCCUAGCAAGUGGAGUAGAUUGUGGAAUGUAGAUGAUAUCUAUUGUGCGUUUAUAAGUGAAAAGGGGAUGAAAAAUGUUGAAACCAUUUCUCUAGACUUGUCUGGAUCACAAGAAAUAUGGUCCACUACAAAUAUAUUUGUCCAAAUGAAGAAAGUGUUUGCCAAGAUGAAGAAACUUAGGUUACUCAAAGUCUAUUAUAGUCAUGGUGAUAAGUAUAAAAUGCUUCUUCCUAAAGGCUUUGAAUUUCCUCCUAAUUUAAAAUAUCUUUAUUGGGAAGGUUUAGAGUCUUUACCUUCGAAUUUUCAUGGAGAGAGCCUUGUUGCAAUCAACAUGAAGUCUAGUAACAUAAAAGAACUUUGGGAAGGGGAUGAGUGUUUUGCAGAAUUAAAGUUCCUUGAUCUAAGUAACUCACAACAGCUCAUAAAAAUACCAAAAUUCUCAAGCAUGCCAAAGUUGGAGACAUUGAAUCUUAAAGGUUGUACAAGUUUUUGCAAUCUUCAUGCAUAUAUGGGCGCAUUUCAUGAGAUGAAAUUUUUGAGGGAGCUCAAUUUGAGUGGGAUUGGAAUCAAAGAACUUUGGGAAGAGGAUAAGUGUUUUGCAGGAUUGAAGUUCCUUGAUUUAAGUAACUCACAACAGCUCCUGAAAAUACCAAAAUUCUCAAGCAUGCCAAAGUUGGAGACAUUGAAUCUUAAAGGUUGUACAAGUUUUUGUAAUCUUCAUUUAUCGGUUGAUGCAUUUCAUGAGAUGAAAUUUUUGAGGGAACUCAAUUUUAGUGGCACUGGAAUCAAAGAAUUACCAAGCGGCAUUGGAUAUUUGGAAUCUCUUGAAUCGCUUAAGCUCUCAGAUUGCUUAGACUUUGAGAAAUUUCCAGAGAUCCAAGGGAAUAUGAAAUGCUUAAAGAACCUUUAUUUAGACAACACUGCUAUUAAGGAACUCCCAGACAACAUUGGGUCCUUGGAGGCUCUUCAAACUCUUUCUGUUGAUGGUUGCUCAAAUCUUGAGAAGUUUCCUGAGAUCCAAAGGAAUAUGACGAAUCUACGGAAUCUUUUUGUAGGGAAGACUGCUAUAAAAGAAUUACCGUGCUCAAUAGGUCGUCUCACCAGACUUGAAAGAUUAGAUUUGGAAAACUGCAAAAACUUGAGUGGCCUUCCAAGCAGUAUUUUUGGGUUGAAAUACCUCGAAGAGCUCUCUCUCAAUGGGUGUUCAAAUGUGGAGGCUUUUUCAGAGAUCAUGGUUGAUAUGGAAUAUUUAAGUGGCCUUUAUUUAAGUGAUAUGGCUAUAACAGAGCUGCCAUCAUCAAUCGAGCGUCUAAAAGGUCUUGAAAUCUUGGAAUUGACCAAUUGUGAGAACCUUGAGACUCUUCCAAACAACAUUGGUAAUUUAACACGUCUUAGUAAUCUUCUUGUUCGUAACUGUUUAAAGCUCCGCAAAUUGCCCGAAAAUUUGAGAAGCCUACAAUGUUGCUUAAAAGCACUGGAUUUGGCUGGUUGUAAUCUGAUGGAAGGAGCAAUCCCUAAUGAUUUAUGGUGCCUAUCCUCACUGAAAUUUUUAGAUGUGAGCGAAAACCAUAUUCGUUGCAUACCUGCUGGCAUCAUUCAACUUUCUAACUUGACGGAACUUCACAUGAAUCAUUGCCCGAUGCUUGAAGAAAUUCCAGCGCUUCCAUCAAGUCUAAGAGUAAUAAAAGCACAUGGUUGUCCAUGCUUGGAAACUUUAUUAAGUAAUCCAACAAAUCUAUUCUGGUUAGAUCUUCUCAACUGCUUCAAAUCAGAAACUCAGAAUCGUAGAUGCAAUGGAGACGAGUGGUUUUAUCCCGAAAUUCAGAUCAUUAUUCCAGGAAGCAGUGGAAUACCAGAGUGGAUAAGAGAUAAGAGUAUGGGAAGUGAAGAAAGAAUAGAGCUCCCAAAGAAUUGGUAUAAAGAUGAUGGUUUCUUGGGAUUUGCUUUAUUCUUCCAUCAUCUUCCACUUGAUGAUAAUGAUGAUAAUGAUGAUAAUGAUUAUAUAUAUAAAUUGGGCAUAUCCUUUGGUGAUCAAUCCGAAGUAACGUUUGAAUUUUGGUGGCCUAACAAUUGUAGAACCUACGAUGUUGGUCGUAUAAGAGAUGGAGAAGUGAUUAAAAGAUACGACAAAGAUGGCACAUCAGAUCCAGCAUUGCAUGUGAUCUAUUUCCCUGAAAUUACCAUUUCAAGUAAGUACGGACCCAGGCAGUGGAACAAUUUCAAGGCUCGCUUUGAGGGCUCUUAUCAAUGUGGCAAUAACAGAGCCUUCAAAGUGAAAAGCUAUGGGAUACAUCCUAUAUACGAUAAUCCCCAAGAUCAUCGUCAGAAAAGAUCAAGUCAUGAUCAUCCAUCAGAGGACCAUCCACACCACAAAAGAUCAAGACAUGUCUAGUUUCUUCUCCCUCCACCAAGGAACUGGGAGCAAUAGCAGAAUGAGAAUACCAUCAAAAAGACUAUUUAUUUGGAUUGUGGAUUUUAAUUUAUAUGUUUCUUUAAGCAUGGAUAAUUUAAAUUAUUGACUUUCAUUGAUAUGUUUUUAAGCAUGGAUAAUUUUAUUUAUUUGAAAUUACUCACAAGUUCUUUC